CCGCCUCGCUCUGCAGGGCAGAACUGCUGCGAGGAGAGGACCUGAAGCACAGUCCUGACAGAGCGGCGCCGAGGGGGCACUCCCCGGGAGUGCAUCAGCCUGCCGGAUGCGGCGCAGCGUGGGGGCCGGGCGGGAGGUCGGAACCGGUGAGAGGCGCUCGGCACCAUCCUUCUGUCCGUGCGCCCACCGGGGACCGGCUCCGGCAGCCAGGACGGGGACCCAGGAGUCCUGAGGCUCCGCGCGACGCCGAGACUGGGACACAGCACUGCGGAUCCAUCUAGAGAGGGGCCUCCAACACCAGCCGACUGAGACCUGGCGUCCUAGCCGUCGGCGGCUUGAAAAGCAAUGGUCAAGGAGACAGAGACCGUGGCUGUCCGCUCACCCCUCAGCCUCCGAGGGCCCCACACCUUGGUAGCGGGAGAAGGUCAAGUCCGCCGGAGUUUGCUCUGAAGAUGCGCCACGCCCCCUCCCCAUUCUGAGCCGGGCACUGCCGCAGCGGGAAACAGGGGCCGCCUCCUCGUGCCAAGCAGAAGCGGAGUCUUCGCCGGGUCCCUCAGCCUUUCAGCAUUUAGAAUUCCUAGGGGGCGGGGACGGCGGCGAAAAAGCGGAUUUGAAACCAGGAGUCAAAGCGGACGUGGGGAGCUGGCGCUGCGGGAGCGGUCAACGCGGCGGCCUCGGGAGCCGCGUGGCCUGGAGAAGCGCCCAGCGGUCAUGGACGAGCCGGCCGUCGGGCGGCCAGAGGCGGGCUGAGCGCCGGCCGAGCCCCCGCCACCCGGGGGGAGGGGGGGCCUGGGCGACCGUCAGCCCGAGGCCACGGCCGCCCGGCACGGGGCUGCCCCCGGGGGUCCGGCCAUGGCCGGCCGGAGUUGCGGUUGCAGCUGCGGCCUGGGCCACCUGAACGAGGACAACGCGCGCUUCCUGCUGCUCGCGGCGCUCAUCGUGCUCUACCUGCUGGGUGGCGCCGCCGUCUUCUCGGCGCUGGAGCUGGCGCACGAACGCCAGGCCAAGCAGCGCUGGGAGGAGCGCCUGGCCAACUUCAGCCGCCGCCACAACCUGAGCCGCGACGAGCUGCGCGGCUUCCUUCGCCACUACGAGGAGGCCACCGAGGCCGGCAUCCGCGUGGACAACGUUCGGCAGCGUUGGGACUUCACCGGCGCCUUCUACUUCGUGGGCACCGUCGUGUCCACCAUAGGCUUUGGGAUGACAACUCCAGUGACGGUAGGAGGAAAAAUCUUUCUGAUCUUUUACGGCCUCCUUGGCUGCUCCAGCACUAUCUUGUUCUUCAACCUCUUCCUGGAGCGCCUGAUCACCGUCAUCGCCUUCAUCAUGAGGUCAUGCCACCAGCGGCAGCUCCAGCGCCGGGGGGCCCUGCCCCAGGAGAGCCGGAAGAACCUGGGGAAGGGGGAGGUGGACAGCCUGGCUGGCUGGAAGCCCUCUGUGUACUACGUCAUGCUGAUCCUGUGCGUGGCCUCCCUCCUCAUCUCCUGCUGCGCGUCUGCCAUGUACACCUCCAUGGAAGGGUGGAGCUACUUCGACGCGCUCUACUUCUGCUUCGUGGCUUUCAGCACAAUUGGUUUUGGGGACCUCGUCAGCAGCCAGAACACCCAAUAUGGUAGCCAGGGCCUCUACCGCUUCGCCAACUUCGUCUUCAUCCUCAUGGGCGUCUGCUGCAUCUACUCCCUGUUCAAUGUUAUCUCCAUCCUCAUCAAACAGUCCAUGAACUGGAUCCUGAGGAAGAUGGAUGGCGGGUGCUGCCAACAGUGCCAAAGAAGACUCUGGCAGUCCCGGAGGAACGUGGUGAUGCCGGGCAAUGUCCAUAACCGGUGCAACAUCUCCAUAGACACGGAUGGAGUCGUAGAGAGCGACGCGGAUGGGCGGCGGCUCUCGGGUGAGAUGAUCUCCAUGAAGGACUUCCUGGCGACCAACAAGGUCUCGCUAGCCAUCCUCCAAAAGCAGCUGUCCGAAACGGCCAAUGGCUGCCCCCACCAGACCAGCACGCUGUCCCUGGACAAUGACUUCUCCGGGGGGGUAGGGGCCUUUGCCAUCAUGAACAACAGGCUGGCAGAGACCAGUGGGGACAGGUAGGAGGAAGGAGAGAGCGGAGAUGGGGGGACUGUCACCCAGCUCAGCCCUGCGCCCUGCCUGGGGUCCCUCUGGAGCUGUCCUUUCAAGCCUCCAGCCCAGCUUAAGAAAUCUCAUCUUCUCAUCUGCAGCCAACAGCCACUUUCCAGGGCUGCGAGACCCUGCAGCCUUGAUGCCUUUCUCCUCGUCUGUAUUCUUUAAGUCUAAAUUCAGUCUUUUAAAAAAUGAACCACAAGAGCAGUCAUGAGACAUGACAGCGUUUCUUUCCUCAUCUUGCUCUGGGGUCUUAACUGCCUCAGAGAGGGAGGCUUACUUAAGCCUUGAUUUCCUGCUGCUCUGUUCUUCGCUUGGAAGUAAAAAUCCGGAAGAUGCUAAUUUUCCGCAGGGAACUCUGAAAGGCUGACAGCACUGCCUCUCUUAGUCCCUUCCAAAAAGGGAGGGUGAGAAAUGAAUGAGAAUGUGGCUGGGCUUUCUUUUUGCUGGGCUUCCUUCCGAGCAGAUUUGUUCCUGCUGCCUGGACUAGGAAACCAGCUGUUCCCCUUUGUACCUGCUUUUCUGUUUUUGGUUUAUCCUUUCUCUUAUGUUUAAGAUCUUAAAGCUUGACUAAGGUGUCUGUGGGACCUCAGUGUGGUAAGAAAAAAAAAAUUAGCUUCAGGCCUUUAAACUAUACCAAGGUGGUGGGAAGGAAUGUAGCUUAAUGUGUUCCCUUUGAGUGAGCAAAGGGACCACUUCAUUUUUACUGGGGCUUGGGGCCAUGGCAAAGAUAAUGACUGACUAUUUAUUAGAAUUGAAAAUUUAAUAAAGCCUCAUUUUAUUAACAAA